UCAGUGCAGCGCUCGGUUCGGUUGUUCGGUCAGUGAGUUAUCAGAUUACCGGUCUGCAGUAAUUUUUCUGUAUCAAAAAUAAAUUAAAAUGUAAUCUUACUAAUAGUGAUAAAGGUCAAUCUCAUCGGUUACAGUUUUUGCAUUAUUUCGCAGUUAUUAAUGUUGUGCCUUGUACACAUGCUUUCGUUAUUAUAAAAAUAGUUCCCUCAAAAAAUGCUCUUCAAAAAUAUAUUGCUCGUUUCACGUAGGAGUACCUACGGAAGCAAAUAUUACAUCAUUUCGAGACGCGAUUAUUCAUCUAAAAAAUCGACGGAAACCGCAACACAACAGGAGCCUCCAACGGCUGGCCAGUAUGAAUAUAUAACCAUACAGGAGCCGGAAUCGAGUCGACACCAAGCACGCAAAUCAUUCAGUUCCGGCAGCAAUGUGGCCAUCCGACGAAUUGGUUUCCUGGAUCUGGCAAAGAGUAAACUGUACGAGGCGCAGUCUUUCUACAACGAAUUCAGCGGAAUGAGCGAGGUAAUUGCCGCCCAGAGCAAGGUUAUUGAAAUUCAGGACCAGCUGCAGCUAGUGCAGGAACGCCGAAGGCACAUCCUACUCGAGCUGACUCUGAUAAGAAAACAGAUGCAGGAUAUUCAUGUGGAACUGCAGAAGAGUAUGCGCGGCGAGCAUCGUUACGUAGAGCUGAUCAAGGAGGAGUUUGAUGUGAUAGCCCGUGAGAAGGAGAAAAACCAAAUCUUUCAAAUUGUAGACCAAGAGGAGCGGGAGCUGUUUUCGCAUUUGACCGCAGCGGUUAAGACAUCCCACGAAAAAGAACGAACACAGGCCAACAACGUGAAAUACUGGUCGAUUAUUGGUUCGUGUGCGGGUGCCCUGCUGGGAAUCAUCGCCACAUCCAUCAACUACUACUACAGAAAUACGCAGUUUGAAACCAUUAAAAAGACCACUAGUGAUGGCGUGGGGCGACUUAUGGUAGUGGAUGAGAAACUGAAUGGUCUAUGGGAUUCAACUAAAUACAUAGUGGAGUAUGUAGCACUGAGGAAGAAGGAAGAUGAACGAGAGCGCCUGAGGGUGGAAGAGCAAAAAAAGAAAUCAAUCGAAGGCUGGGGUAGUUACGUGAAAAGAAACACUUUGCGGGUUUACAGAUAUUUUAUACCAAAUAAUAAUAAAUAGUUGCAGGCAUUUAUAACUUUUGAA